AUGUAUUUGACUUUGUUCAUAAUAGUUUUGAUCAAUGUAACAAAACAAACAAAAGCAGAAACCCAAGAUCAAUGCAGUAUACUAAAUAUACAGGAUGACGACACGCGUUUAAACUUUACUGAGAUGGCGAUCAAAAAUGGCUACAAAUGUGAAGAGCACGACGUCAUUACAAAAGAUGGAUAUAUUCUCAAAAUGUUUCAUAUACCUGGAAAUGUAAGCCGACCUGUUCUACUCAUGCAUGGUUUUCUAGACAGCGCAGAUUCAUACAUCCUUAGAGGUAAUAGAUCACUAGCUGGACAUUUGGCCGAUUCAGGUUACGAUGUGUGGGUUGGAAAUUCUAGAGGAAACCGAUAUUCCAGAAGACACUUGCAUUUGAAUCCCGAUGCUGAUAUUGCAUUUUGGGAUUACAGCGUUCACGAAUAUGGAUCGUAUGAUUUGCCGGCGGUAAUUGAUUUUAUUUUAGAGAAAACUAACCAGAGUCAGAUAAACUACAUUGGACAUUCCGAGGGAACUACAAUGAUGUACGUCAUGGGUGCUCACAAGCGAAAAUAUAAUGAAAAGAUUAAGUUAUUCGUAGCGCUUGCACCCGUAUGUUAUUUACACAAAAGCAUGAGUCCUCUUCCGGCCCUUUUGAAGACUGUACUUUUUGUGAAUCGGUUUCUUAUCAACGUCGUUCAUGAAAUACUUUCUUACAAUUCUCUUGCCAAGAAAAUGAUAGACCUUGUGUGUAGUGAUGAUGUAUUUAGUUAUACAGUCUGUAUAGAGUGGUUUUUGUUUUCCGGGACGGGAUCCGAUGCAGAAGAAUUUGAACCCUCGUUUUUGCCCACUGUCAUAGGCCACCUGCCUGCCGGUACAUCCAACAAGAAUAUGAAUCAUUUUGCUCAGAUUUCAAACAGGAAACAAUUUGCUCAGUACGACUACGGCUGUUUGGAAAAUCUUAAACGUUAUGGUUCUUUUGUGCCACCCAGAUAUAAUUUGAAAAAUGUCAAUAUGAAAGUAGCACUAUUUGUAAGCAGGAAUGACAAAUUUGCAACAUUGGAGAACGUCAAACUUCUUACUGAUCAAUUGCCAAAUGUAGUUCAUAAACAUGUUAUGGAACAAAAGCAAUGGAACCAUAUUGACUUUACUUGGGGAAAACAUGCGUACAAAUACUUAUACCCAAAGGUUUCAGGUAUUUUAGAUAAAUAUAAUUAA